UGCACAAUUUACAAAAGCGUCAUUAGGGGAUAUUCGCCUGAAAGCCCACCUGAGCCAGAAAUCGGCGUUGUUAAUUAGUGAAGAAAUUCUAGCUCGGUUAUAAAAGGCUUCUUAGCACCUCAGAUGGAUUGCGCCUGCGAGCUUUGAAGCCGUGUGAGGUGGGAAACCUGGAGUCGGAAAAGGUCCGAAAGUGCAUUAUUUUUUUUUUUUAAGUAAUGAAACCAUUUUCCUCGUCAUCUAAUAAGGCGCGGAGGAGCGGCGGUGCGUUCACACCUCGGCGCUCUCUAAAGGCGGCGUGGUUUCGGUGCGCGAUGACCUUGACAUGGAUCACACGCGGCACUUCAAAGGCGCAGCGCGCGCGCCAAGGAUCAUCAAACGCCGGCGCAGUUUCUGUAAGUUUUUGAAAGGAGCGUCAUUAAGAGGCUCGACAUCAGCGGACCGAAUUCAUUCUAUUCCGAGGAGCGAGCAGAGAGCAGACCGUGGAGCUGUCUGUCCUCUGCCUCACUCUCUCUCUCUAUCUACUUCAUUACACCUUAUCUUUUGGAUUACUCCUGCCUGGUUAUAUUGCAAUGAAACACUUGGUGUGCGGGAUGCUGUGCGUGGCGCUGUGGCUACGCUCGGUCUCCUCCGGUGCGCUCGUUGGCAGGAAGCGAGGCCCCUCUAAAGGACCGUAUCCGCUCUACAUGAUGCACCUUUACCGGACUUUACUGGCCGGAGACGGUUACACUUCGAGUGCGGGACUCGGAUACGAGCAUCCGUCUCUGCGCCAGUCCGACUCGGUGAUCAGCCUCGUCGCUAAAAGUUGCUACCAGGUGGGUGACAGGUGGGCCGUCACGUUUGACUUGUCCUCCAUUUCAGCAAGUGACGACGUCCAGAGGUCAGAGCUGCGUCUACGCCUGCCCGGCUUCUCAGAGGCGGAGAAGCCAGUGGUGGACAUCUACCAUGCUCCCAAAGGCACAGAGGAGCGUCUUCAUCUGGGUCGGGUUGACGCGGCGUUGCGCUCGUCCCCAUCCACACACUCCUCUUGGAGAGUCCUCAACAUCACCCAGCUGCUGAAGUACUGGCUGCACCAGGGGGAAAUGCCUCCCACCCAGGUUCAUGUGGAUGAAGAAGAACACGAGGACCUUGAGCAUGCCAUCCAGCAUCCGACAGGCAACACGGUCAUGAUGGUGGUUUACUCCAAGCAGAUGAGGACAGAAACUUCUACGUUGAUCCGCACAGCUGAGCACUCCAAGUAUGUGGCACAGGAUCGGGCACUGUCCGAGCCUGUGGCCCGGAGAACCAAACGCAACCACCGUGUACAUAAGAGGGUGAGCGAAGCAGCAGGAGGCAGUGUGAUCCCAGCGUUUACACAAACCGAGGGUGAAAAGAAGACCCUGUGCAGGAAGGUGGACAUGUGGGUGGACUUUGACCAGAUUGGUUGGAGUGAAUGGAUUAUUUAUCCAAAGAGAUACAAUGCGUACCGCUGUGAGGGUGGCUGCCCUACGCCAGUCGACGAGUCCUUCACACCGACAAAUCACGCAUACAUGCAGAGCCUGUUGAAACUGCACCAACCAGACCGUGUCCCGUGUCCAUCCUGCGUACCGACACUUCUGGCUCCUCUUUCCAUGCUCUACUUUGAGAACGGGAAGAUGGUGAUGAGGCAUCACGAAGGCAUGGUGGCAGAAGCAUGCGGCUGCCACUGAUCCAACUCUUAAAUCCGAGCCUGAUAAACUUCAGCACUUAAGCGUCUUUACAUGCCCGUCCCCAACGAGAGACUGCCAGAGAACUUCAGCACUAAGCAUAGAGACAAUGCAGAAAUGUGUACAAUGCAGAAACGCAUUCUUCUCCACCAUACCAGAAAACAUAGCCCUUUUAUAAAACAGUGGACCAUUUGCUCCUUUUAAACUACUCGGUAUAGGUGAAUCAAUUCUCAAGGACGCAUGAACCAUUAUUUAAAAAAAAUUCUAUUUUAAUAUUAUGUUAUAUAUCAUGCUCAGGGUUUAUGAUUAGCUAUUCUGACUAGUUAAUGAAUUGAGUUCACUCGAACAGCUGGUUCAAAAGAAUUGUUAGAUACUCAGUAGCUGGAUAUUUCCUCCAGUGCCUUACUUUCCAUGUUUAUAAACUGUAUGAUGUUUGUAUAUAUAAGAUCUGACAAUUGUAAUGAAAUAUUUUAUGCAUAUUUAGUAAAUCUUGAUUCUUAUUCAAAGGUUGCUUUUAUUGUGUGUCAACAAACAUCAACAAACAAACAAAAAACAAGCCAAAAGAUGAAUGAAUUGCUCAUUCACUGCAUUUUUUUUCCAUAUUCAGAUUAUUCAUAAGGCAGGAUUUAUUCCUUAGAUAUUGAAUAAUUGACAUUGUUAACACAUGAUAACCAAAACUGCAAAAGGGGGGAAAAAGGCAUUUUUUUUUUUUACAAAUUUUCUUGAAUGACACUUUAGGUGAAAAAUAAACAAAUUCGUACAUUUUCAUUCGAAAAGGUAACACUGUCACAGGGCAAAAUGUUUUGUUUGUUUUCUCAUUUAACACUUUCACACUCUCCAGCACCAAGUACAAAAAUCAUUCAAUCGAGCCAAUGCUCCUCCCAGUGGUCAUGGUAGCAAACUACACAAGCAGCAGGACAGCAAAAAAGGUAGGAUUUCACACAGCUUGAGCAGAAGCUUAUGCAGAAGCACUGAGUAAUUCAAGUGCAUUUAGGCACAGCAGUAUACGCUGGUGUUGAGACUCGAUGGCAGAUGUCUUGUUUGUGUCUGGAAUGACAGCAUCCAUACUGAAAUAACGGUGGGGAAAACAACAGCAGAUAACGAAAGAAG